AUGCGCCUGGACCCGACGCAUACUAUCAUCAGCACGACGGACACGGGCCUUCACGACGACCUCAGAGCUCGCCUUUCGGCGGCUUACACGGGGCGCGAGCUACCGUCCAUGGAACACCACGUCGAUGUGCAGAUAUACGCGCUGAAGGACCUUAUCCGCCGCAAGUAUAUCUCGACCACGCAGCAGACUAGACCGCUCGAUUGGGCCUCGUCGCGCAACGCCGAUCCGUCGAAUUACAUCAGGCUUAUUGAAUCAGCGGGCAUGUUCUUUGGAGUUUGCUCCGACGUCCCUCGGCUUGGGAAGCUACUCGAAGUCUUCCGUCAGCGAUUUGGACCCAAGAAGACGGACAAGAGUGAUGCUGGGUCGUUACUUGCGUACCUAACAACUGUUGCGCCUGCUCACAAACUCGCGGGACGUAUUGUCAAUGAACGCGCGGCGCCCGAGGCCGAGGAGAAGGGAGAUAUGCUGGCUUCGUUCAUGCAACGUGGCCUCUCCAAUAAGCAAUGUGAAGCUGAAUUCCUGACCCAACUCGUCGCCGGCUCCGACACCACGGCCAACUUCCUGCUCCGACGCUGCGGAAAAAUCUCGACCCCCGUCACUGGCGCCGAAGGCAAAGCCCUUCCGUAUCUCCAAGCUUUCAUCUGGGAAUGUUUCCGCUUCCAACCCCCGCUAUUCAUGCUCUUCCCCAAGGUCAUGCCGCCGGAGGGUGACGUUCUGGCGGGUCAGAAGGUGCCCGGCGGGACCAAUAUCGGCAUCGAUUCAUGGUCCAUGGCCCGUCGGGAGGAAAUCUUCGGCAAAGACGCCGACGUGUUCCGUCCGGUGCGGUUCCUCGAGGCGUCGCCUGAGCACCGCCUCCUGAUGGAGAGGACGGCCGAGUUAGUCUUCGGCUCCGGGAGGUGGGUUUGCAUCGGCAAGGUCAUAGCGCAUCUGGAGCUGAACAAGAUAUACGUCGAACUGCUCCGGGAUUUCGACUUUCAGGUGAUGGACCUGGAGAAACCGUACACCAUAUCGCACCGGUCUAUGUUCUUCAUUCGGGACGUAUGGCUACGGGUCACGGAGAGGGAUAAUUCGAAAACUGAAUGA